CAAACCUAUACCAUAAUUAUCAACAUCAAUUUCCUAGCCCAAUAAAAAUUUCUAAGAAAAGUGCAAAACCAAUUUCUUCAAAUUAAAGAUGGGUCCACUUGAUUUUGAUGCACUUAAAAACAUGCAAAAUUCAGCAAAUGAUCUUCUUCAUUCACCAAUUGUACAACAAGCACUCGUCAAUGAAAGAGAAGAAAAAUGGGUUAACGAUGUAUCUGAGUCGUCAUUAAGAAUAUUGGACGUGUGUGGUAUGUCGAAAGAUGUUCUUUUGUUUGUGAAAGAACAUCUUCAAGAACUUCAAUUUACAUUGCGUAGGGCGAGUAUUGGUGAGCCGGGAAUUGAGGAGAAAAUCACUUCUCACAAUUGUUAUAGAAAAAAGUUAAAGAAAGAGACUUUAAAAUGUUUGAAGUGGUUGAGGGGUGUGAAAAGUAAAACACUGACUUUGCACACCCCAAUGAAAGAACAAAAACUAAAAUUGGUUGUUGAUGUUUUAAAAGAAGUAAGGAUGACAAGUAUUUCAAUUGUGGAAUCAUUGUUGUCUUUAAUUUCAACACCAUGGUUGGAUUCAAAACAUGGUGGCAAAAGGUCUUUUGCAUCAAAGCUUGUGGGGGUGAGUUUGCAAAAUUGUGAUGAUGAUGUCUUUGAUGCUAUGAUGCUUCAAAGUGCAAAGAAAAGGUUAAUGGGGGUGCGGAUAGCAAUUGAAGAUCUUGAGGUUGAGUUGGAGUGCAUGUUUAGACGUUUGAUCCAUACAAGGGUUUUGCUUCUUAACAUACUUACCAAUUGCGAGGUUUAGUCAUUAGUCAUAAUGAUAACUCAACACCAAUUAACUAGUUAAUUAACUAGCUAGCUAGUUCAAAACCCUUUAGAUACAACACUUCAAUUUUCUUGUCAUCUUAAGCAUGUUAAUUACUUAAUUCUUUUGACCAUUAAUUUGCUCUAUUUCAAAUAACUACAUUGUAAAUCUGAUAUUAUAAUGUAAUAUUGUCAUGUCACUAAGAUUUUAUCACAUUUGUGUCAAAAAAAAAAAAAAUUUAUCACAUCUAGUUAUGAGAAAGAUCCUCUCCGGUCUAAAUUUCAUCAGAUGUGGUUCAGUUUAAUCUCUACCUUUCAAAAUUUUUUAUUUGAAUAAACAGUACACCACA